GCGAAGCGCAACGUUAUUGGUCAGGAUGGGUUCAGCUCGGCUUCCCAUUGGCUGGCUGAGUUGCCCCGCCAGUGGAGAGAAGAAACAGCGCCAUUAUUAAAUCUCUUGUUGUUCUCUGCGGACAGUUUGAAGUAAAACUGUAAUAUAUAACUAUUCAGUCAAACGACAGGUAAAUAAAAGUUCGGGACUCAAUUAAAGGAUUCGUUAUCGUCUUUAUGGGAAGAUAACACUGAUCUGUUCGGCUGAGAGGAGGAAGCUAACGCGGCUAGCAGGAGUUAGCUGGAGCUCCGGUUGGGUUGUUGGUUUUCAGUGACCGUUAAAUAGUGCCUCUCCGUGGGCCUCAGCGGGGAUGAGCUGCCCGGUGAACUUCCAGGCUCUUCCGUCCGGAGUGUUUGAGGCUGUUUUCACUCCGGACAACAUUAGGAGAGGAGGAACCUCGAUGAACUCUGUCACUCCGCUCAGUUUCCCCAAAUCCAGAUUAGCUCUGUGGGAUGGCAGCCCUGCAGGAGAGAAGCUCUGCCUCCAGCUCUGCGCUCACAGGAAGCCCCGCCUGGUGCUGCUGGAGAAAGCUCUGCGACUGGCUCAGCGUCAUGCCCGUCACAGCAACAAGCCCAGCGUCCCGUGUUUCCUCCUGGGCUCGGUGUGUGUGGACGCAGAUGAGGAGGGGGUCACCGUUACUCUAGACCGCUUUGACCCGGGUCGGGGUCAGGCCGGCCCCCCGGGCAGGGUCCCCUCAGCUCUGCUGCCCGGAGACGUCCUGGUCCCCUGCCUGUUCUCCACGCAGGAGGACGCGUCUGACGCUGUCCAAUCAGAGGCUGAGCUGCACCAUUGCUUCAAGGCUCUGCAGCAGUGUGUGAGCAGCAGACAGGCUCUGGAGCUGAGUCAGCUGCUGAAGGUCAGAGGUCAUGUGGUCCUGACUCAGCAGGCUGACUCUGCGGUAUUCGUCCUCAGCUGGUCGGCUGUCUGUCCGUCCAUCAGCGUGGAGGUGCAGCCGGUGCGCUCCGUGCCCAUCAUCCCCACCGCGCUGCAGCGGAGCCUCAGCAGCAGCAGCCGACCGCCACAGAGCAGCAGGCCUCAGAGAGGGUUUCUGACCAUGGAUCAGACCAGGAAGCUGCUCCUGCUGCUGGAGUCUGACCCUAAAGCCUCCAGCCUGCCGCUGGUUGGACUCUGGCUGAGUGGAGUCACUCACAUCUACAGCCCUCAGGUGUGGGCCUGGUGUCUCAGGUUCCUCUACAGCUCCGCCCUGCAGGACAGAGUUUUUUCAGAGAGCGGCUGUUUCCUCAUCGUUUUGUUCAGCUCCACACACAGCGCUCCUCAGUUCUUCCAGUGUCGAGGAUCAGGAUCCGGAGCACAUCUGGACUACCAGCUGCUGUGCGGCUCGCAGUUUGUCACUCUCUACCAGCAGGUGGGUGUGGAGGGCCGGACGCUGCAGUGUGAGCUGACAGCAGACAGCCGACACACUGAGACCUUCAGAGAGGCUCACACCUCCUUCAACAGAGCUGCCGGUCUGUCUGUCUGCGAUCAGGACUCUGGAGUCGAGGAUGAAGAUCUGUCUCCCCGUCCGUCCCCCAGCCCCCACCCCCCCUGCCCAGCAGGUCAGCUCACAGAUCACACAGAAGGCCUUCAGCCGUCGGUCCCUGAACUCUCUCUGCUGAUUGACAGCAGCUUCUCCUCCAAUCAGAACAUCAGGCCGGACCCUGGUCCCGCCCACAGACCUCCAUCUGACAGGAAGUCUGCUCCUCCUCCACCUGGAAACUCUUCCUCCUCCUCAGCUCCCAGACCUGCUGCUCUUCCUCACCUCCACAGCACCCCCAACUCCCACCUGCAGCAGCCCUGCUCCUGCUGUUCCUCCAACAACUACAACUGUACUUCCAUCUUCUCCUCCCCUGAGCUCCACCCUGCUCCUUCCUCCCUUCAUCAUCACCAAACUCCUCCUCUUCCAUCCACCCAUCUCCACACCCCUUCCUCCAGCAGACAUCCAACUAAUCACACUCCUCUUCUUCCUUCCUCCCCUCGUCUCUCUGCUCCUCUUCCUGAAUCAACCUCCCAUAAACAUCACACCUCUCCUCUUGUUGCUCCUCCUUUUCCAGCUUCAUCCUCCCAUUUCCAAACCCCUCCUCCCUCCAGCAGUCUUCAAUCUAAUCACACUCCUCCUCCUUCCUUCUCCGACCGACUUUCAGCUCCUCUUCCUGCUCUGUCCUCCCAUCAUCUUCAUCAUCACACCUCUUUUGCUUCUCCUCAUUUUCCUCCUCCAUCAUCCAAGUUCCUCACUCCUCCUCCCUCCUGCAACAAUCAGACUCCUGCGCCUUCAGUCUUACUUCAUCAAACUCCUCCUGCUCCACCCUCACAUCAUCUUCAUCACAAUUCACCUCCCUUUCCUCCCCCAUCCUCCCACCGCCUCACCCCUCCUCCCUCCAGCAGCCAACCUUCUCUUCCUCCUCCCUCCUGCUCUCCUCCUCCUCCUCCUCUUCCUCCCUGUGCUUGCAGCCACCCUCCUCCCUCCCUGUGCUGUGGAGGAGAUCAGGUGGGGGGGGUGGACACUUACCAGCUGCUCCUCCAUCAGGACCGGCAGCUGCGCCUCCUGCAAGCUCAGGUUCAAAUGCUGCUGGAGGCUCAAGGGAGACUGCAGACCUCCCACAGAGAGGAGGAGACGCCAAGGAGCACCGCCAACAUCGCCGUGGGGACAGGUGCCAGUCUGUUCUGGGGGGAUCCCAUCUCGUCUCCCCUCCUUCAUCAGGAGGUUCAGGCUCCUCACCCUUCCUCAUCAUCACCUCCCCCCUCCUCCUCCUCCUCCUCCUCAUUUAAACCCCCCUCACACACUGACCUUUCCGUAAGUGAUCAUGGACUUGGGAAAAGUGACAUCACAGGUCAGGAGGCCGCCUGCUCCUCCCCCUCCCGACAUAGCCUCAGCGGCCUGCAGAGCCCGGUUCUGGGGGAGAGUGUGAGCAUGUACCGCCCUGAGGAGGAGCAGCAGAACUUCUACCAGAACCUCAUGAAUCAGCUGACCAGCCGGCUGCAGGAGUCAGACAGAGCCUUGUCUGUGGUUUCCUCCUCGUCUUCCUCUUCUUCCUCCAGGAGGAGGCAGAGUGGGCGGGGGGACCGGGUGCUGGAUGCCACAGUGAGGCAGUUGCAGCAACUCGGAGUGAACGUGGAGGAGGAAGAUCUGAGCGAGUCCAACCGAGUUACUCACAGAACCGUGGAGAGCAGCAGCACCCUGGCGAGCAUCAACCCGGCGGCGGUUCUGUCCCGCCUCAGCGUCUCCGACCCGACAACGAGCACUCUGUUCCCGGGCGGCAGCGUGGACCUGAGUCUGGAGGCGAACGCCAUUGCUCUGCGUUACCUGAGCGACUCUCAGCUCAGCAGGCUUUCUCUGGGAGGUCACGCCCCCCCACGCCACAGCCCUGCCCCCUCCUCCAACGUCUCCCUGAUGUCGCCUAGCAACAUGUCCCUCGCCACCAGAAAGUACAUGAGGAGGUACGGGCUGAUCGAGGAGGAGGAUGGCGAGGAAGAGGAGGAGGAAGAUCGUUCACCGCUGACCGAAGCUCUGAACGUGAAGCUCUUCCCACAGAGUCAGCUGAUCAGGGACCUGCGGCCCAAAAUGCAGCUGUUAGCCGGGGAUGCUAAACCCGCCGCCGACAAGGAGAACUGCUCCAGCAGGCGGCCAUCUUUGACUAGGGCGAGCAGCCGUCAGACAGAGGGGUCAGUCGGGAACAUCCUGGACCUGAGCCGCCUCCGACAGCUGCCCAAACUCUUCUGACUCAGCAGAGCUGGGGUUCAUGAAUGGAGUCUGGAACCUGUGAGACAAACCCCAGAAACCACAUGCCUUAAAGGUGCUUUAAAAACUCUAAUUUAUUUGAUCGAGUCUGGUGCUAGAGCCUCUUCCAAUAGCAACUCAAACUGCACUUUCAACUUCCACUGAAAUCCUUUGUAAGAUUUAGAAUCAGUUUUUGUUUGAAUAGAGUCUGGACCCAAACGCUCAUCAGACAGCUGCCUGAAAUCCCCUGAAAUAAGCUUUCACCAGAAAACCACUCACCUCAAAGGUGCUUUAGAAGCUUUUCUUCAAUCUUUUAAGGACUAAAGUGUGGUGCUUGGUUUGAUGUGACUCGUAGUUCCCUGAGACCAACAACUGACAACCAGCGAAGGCUCAUCAGACAGCUGAGCAAACCCUACAUAACGGACCCUGAGAUAAAUCACCAGCUGUCUCAUUGGUGCUCGUGCCAAAUCUCCUGAGACAGCUGCCCAGCCUCGUCUAACACCAGGCAAGAUUUUAAAAACGGUACAUCUUUGAAUGAAUUCUGUUAAAGGCUCUUCUGAUGCCACCUGAAACACCCUGAGACCAGAUCACCUGCUGUCUCGCAGCUGCUGGUGACUUUAAAAGUGUUAUUUUUGAAAAGGUUUUGACUCAAAGUGCCCAGAGACAAACACCAAACCAGUAGAAAACCAGCCAUUUCAAAGGUCUUAAUGGCUUUAAAAACUCAUGGAUUUAUUGGAUUGAAUCUUGUGUCAAAGCAGUGCUUCCACACCAGCCCAAAGACUUCUGAUCGCACCUGAUCACCAGCUGUCUCAAAGCUGCUGGGGACUGUAAAAGUGUUAUUUUCUAAAGGCAGUCUGGUGCUGAAUCACCCCGAGACAGCUGCCUCCCUACUUAAUUCAAAGAUGGACACAUUCUGCGAGAUUAACAAGUGACGUGUUAAUCAAAAGGUGACAGUGGCUUUAAAAACAGUGGUGUUUUAAAUGGAGUCUGGUGUGUCUGAGCUGCUUGGUUUGGAAACUCAAGAGCCAAAAACACAGGAAAGCAGUUGCUCUUUAAUUAAAGGACCUGAAGGUUUUAAAAUCUGGAGUUUUUUUAAUAUGCUGUCUGGUGUGAAACUGAAACCUGCUGGAACAUUUUUCAAUGUGUAACUUUUCGACAGUUUUGUGCGUAAAUGAAAUGUGUUAUUAUUAUUUUGUCGUCACUUCCUGUUUUAAUGUGAAAUGUCCUUUUGCACAUUAUUUUAUAUUUAUGAUUUCACAAAUAAAAUUCAUAGUACU